AUCGAGGGGGGGGGGGGGGGGGAAGCAUUUGCGUGCUUAAGCGUGUGCCCGUCUUGGCGUAAGAUCCGAGCCGUUCAUUCAUAUUUUCCAUCACGUGCAACACGUGCUACUAUGGCCCCACCAUCGAGUCAACGCAUAUCCCGAAAACCUAACCCGCCUCCGCUAUCCAUUGACUACGCCGUCCACCGAAACCAAACCCGGUUUUUUUAGGCUGCCACUUGAGCUUAUUAUAUCGAACCCAAACCGCUUCGAUUCCGAGACGAGUCGAGUCGGGACCCAGACUCCCCUUGACUGAGUCGUGACUCGCCCCGUCUCCUGGUGGCGAAGACGAGCGAUGGCUUCCUCCGCCACCGAGGGCGGGGAGGACCCCCACGACCGAGCGGCGGUGCUACAGGAAUCCGUCGGUGGAAAGCGGCGGAGGGCUCCGUGUUCCCCUCCUCCCCCGGCGCCACCUGGCGCCGGGUGCGAAGAGUCGUCGCGGCGGGUUUUCCAGAAGCUGUGGACUGACGCGGACGAGAUCGCGGUGCUGCAGGGGUUCUGGGAGUUCACGUCGCGGCGGGGGACGGCGCGCGCGGACUACCAGCACGACACGGGGCCCUUCUACGACGAGAUCCGCGGCCGCCUCGGCUUCGACUUCAGCCGGAGCCAGCUCGUGGAGAAGCUCCGCCGCCUCAAGAAGAAGUACCGCAACACGGCGGGCCGAAUGGCCGCCGAUCGGGGCUUCGUCUUCCGCAGCCCCCACGAGAGGGCCGCCUUCGAGAUCGCACGCAAAAUUUGGAACCCUGUCUUCGCGCGCGGCCCCGACGGUCAAAGCUGCGAUCCUGACGGGGUCGAGGCCCCCAAAGAUGGCGGCUGGGACUCGGACCACGAUUCCGGUCCGAGGCCUCGUAGGCGCCUCAAGAAGGGUAAGGAAACGGAAGCGGUGGCAACGCCGUCGGAGAUGAUCACCGCCGCGGCGAAUCGUCCUGACCCCGUGGUGGCGCCUCCAUCCAUGCCGAACUCCGAAAUGGCGGAGCAGAGCAUGAGGAGCUGCUUCUCGCCACUGUUCGACGAGAUACUCCGUUGCACAGGGAUCGGCCAUGGAGUGACAGCACUGAGCUCAAGGACACCAGCGGCCGCGGUGGGCGAGAGAUGGAAGCAGCAGCAGAUUCUAGAGCUGGAGGUGUACCUGAAGAGGCUGGAGCUUAUCCAUGACCACAUCAAGUCGAAGCUGGAGGAGCUCAAGUCAGAGAGCAGCAGCUAAAACUAGAGGUCUUCUUGCUGUAUCUUGUUUCAGCUCUAGUCAACCAAAGCACUUGAAGCAAACUUGUUCUUCUUCUUCCUCCUCCUCCCUGUUCAUACUCAUCAAGGUUAGUUUCUUCAGCAGUCGAAAAUAUUACAUGAAGAAGGGAUGAAUCUGAGCAAACAAAAAGGGCAAGUAAUAACUUGUAGCUUGUAUGAUACAUUGAUCCCAAGUUUGUUUGACUAGCUGCGUGAUCCAU